ACCAAUCAAAAAUGAGUAAAAUGAUACAUUACUAUAAAUCUCUAUUUACAUUUGAGUAUAUAAAGGAAGCCAUAAUACAGAAACGAAGUUGAAAAUUUAUUUCAUAAUUAGGCAUGCUUUGGAGUAUCGCUUUACCUCCCAAGAUAGCUUUCGUGUUUACUAUCCUAGUAAUACUAUUCCAAAAUAAAGCGAAAUGUAGAAAGUCUUCACUGGAUGUUACUAACCCUGAGACAUGGAAGAAGCUAGCUGAUCAAAAAUUUGAAAAAUUCAAAAAGACCUAUGCAUAUUCAACAGUUAAACGUCCAAAGAAUGUUAUCUUAUUCCUUGGAGAUGGAAUGAGUAUGAGCACAGUGACGGGUGCAAGAUAUCUGAAGGCAGAGAAAAUGAAUCUUCUAGGUGGUGAUGUAGAGUUAGCAUGGGAAGAAUGGCCUGUAGCAUCACUUGUUCGUACAUUUAAUUCAGACAGAUUGACAACAGAUUCUGGGUCUGCUGCCACAGCGUUUUUGUCAGGUGCAAAAGGGAGUUUUGAGACUGUCGGUGUUACCGGUAAUGUGAGUUGUUGCCAAUGCACUGAACUGAAAGAAGUGGAAAGAGCAAAAUCUUCACUUCAUUAUGCAACUAAAGCAGGACUGUCUACUGGAAUAGUGACCACUACUAGAGUUACUCAUGCAACUCCUGCAGCAUCAUACGCUAACAUAUUGUUUCGAGAUUGGGAGGGAAAUGGAGCAACAAAUGACAAAGGAUAUAAAUGUGUGGAUGCUGCUGCACAACUACUAACGAAUGGUUCUGAUAUUAACGUUGUAAUGGGAGGUGGAGCGUCAGUAUUCUAUGGAUCAAAUGAAAGCCUCGCUUUUCAAGCCAAAGGAAGACGGUCGGAUUUCCGCAAUCUCUUACAAGAAUGGCGGCAGAUCCAGACUCAAAAGCAACGCAAGCAUGCUGUGUUACAUACAACUAAAGAGUUUAAAGACACAGACUGGUCGUCUGUUGAUUUCGUUCUGGGUUUGUUUGCUCCAAAUCAUCUGGACUACUACAUUAAUAAUGCAGACCAACCAACUUUAGCUGACAUGACAGAAGCUGCAAUCAAAGUAUUAUCUCGUAAUCCAAAAGGAUUUCUUCUCUUAGUGGAAGGCGGUCGAAUUGAUCAUGGUCAUCACACCAGUCAAGCACAAUAUGCAUUAACUGAAACUUUGGAAAUGGAGAAAGCUGUUGAGAGAGCACUCAGUCUAGUUAAUCCAUCUGAGACACUGUUAAUGGUUACGGCUGAUCAUGCACAUGUUUAUGGAGUAGUCGGUUAUCCUACAAGAAGCACAAGUAUAUUUGAUGUGGAUAGCACUAAAAAAGGGAAUGACAAUAAAUCCUACUUGAUAUCCAGCUACUUCAAUGGACCAGGAGGUCUCUUGGAUAAACCUCGGACGGAUCCUGCAACAGAGGAACGAUUUGAACCUAGUUAUAUUGCUCAGUCACUUGUCAAUGUGUCGUUUGGUACACAUAGUGCUGAAGAUGUUCCAAUUUAUGCCUUGGGUCCAUAUAGUGAACUGUUUCAUUCUCCGUGUGAUAAUACCUUCAUAGCACAUGCCACUAUGUAUUCACUUUGUGUUGGACCAUAUGCAGAUGAAGCACAUUGUUCCAGUGGGCGUAAUGGAUCCCAUCGGAGUUUAUUUCAAAUGAAAUAUUAUUUAAUUUUCCUUAGCCUUAUUCUAUACUAUUUUCUUCACUAAAUUUAUGUAUUGCUGAUGAAUAUAUCUGAAACUCUAACAACUAAUCACAAGUGUACUGAAAAAUUAUUGUUAUAUAUAAUAGUGAUGCAAAUUUAUUCUAUGAGCGGUUGUCAUGUUUACUUUUGGAAUGUUAUUCAUUUUAUCCCUUACUUCUCUUAUGUUAGAUUUCAGCUUUUCAGUUGUAUAACUGUGAUAAGUCGUCAUUAUAGUGAAUUAAUUGUACUCCUUUUUUGACUGAUGUAUUUACUUAUUUAUUUAUUUAUUAUUAUUUUUUGAACAAUAUUUCCAUCUCAAAUGAAGAAUGAUUAUGUAAUUAAGUCUCAUAGAUACUACAAUCACUUGUUGUUGUCUUUCUCCCUGGUUACUUUCUUUAAAACUCACACCAUUUUGAAAGUUUUAAAGAGUUAUAGUAUAUAACAGAGCCAAUUUUAUUGUUGUAUCUGUAAUAGAAGGAGAGAGAGAAUAACGCGAGUGAUAAACAACGAAUGAACGAAAAAUAACUCUGUGUAAGGAUUUUCCAUCUAUGCUACCAGGGUUACAAGUGAAUAAAAUUCUUAUUAUCAUAUGCUUUUAUCGAUACUGUUUUCUUUUCAUGUGUUCAUACCAAACUAUAUUUUUAGAAACAUUUUUUUUUAACAGAAAAUGUUGUGAGAAAUUUGUAUUGCUUUUGUCAUUCAACUUGAUUAUUAUUAUAGUGAAAUCCCAAUAUCAUUGAGUCAGUAUACGCAUGACUAAUGCAUGACUUUAUCAAAGUAACCUGUAAAAUUAAAGGUUAAUUUUUGUUUUUUAUUCUAAAUAUCAAAGUUUGGGGUGAUUUUAUUUUUUUUAAUUUAUUCAUAGCAAGUUUUGCGUUUCCAAUAUACCAGUUCAUAAUUUGACAUAGGAGAUUGAUUUGGUUGUUAUUACCUUAAAGUUAGUUAAGAUUCACUCUGGC